AAAGAUCAAAAUAGUGUGGGCACGCGGAGAAUUCUCUUAGUUGUUCUUCUUCCAGCACUACUAGAGAGGACGAGGAGAUUGAGAGAUCUCUUUUGAUUGAACUUUGAAGGAAGAACAUAAGCAACAAGCGGAAAAUAAAAGUCUUAUCCUGCAAGCCAUGAAUAAUCAGAUUGAUGAUUCGAUCAAGAAUCAAGUAGCAGCACUUUUGCGAGUUAUAAAUGUAACUAGAUUCUUUAAGGGAGAUGAUGUUCCAUGCCAGAUUGAAGAGGGCCUAUUCUUGGGUUCUGUGGGUGCUGCUACUAACAAGGAUGCACUUAAUAGCAAGAAUAUUACACACAUCUUAACUGUAGCUAAUUCAUUGCCUCCCUCUUUUCCAAAUGAUUUUGUAUAUGAAGUCAUUGGAGUCGCGGAUAGAAAUGACACCAAUUUAAUGCAGUACUUCGACAAGUGUUUCAAUUUUAUUGAUGAAGCCAAGAGGCAGGGAGGUGGUGUUUUGGUCCAUUGCUUUGUUGGAAGGUCCCGAAGUGUGACUAUUGUUGUUGCUUAUUUGAUGAAAAGGCAUGGAAUGAGACUAUCUGAAGCUUUGGCACAUGUGAAGAGUAGAAGGCCUCAGGCUGGACCUAAUUCUGGUUUCAUCUCACAGCUUCAAGACUUUGAGAAAUCUCUUCAAGGUAUCUCUUCAUAAUGUGUCAAAGGAAGACGUGAAGAAGCACGAAUGGACGCUUAGAAAAUAUAAAACUCCGCUGAGGAGGAAUAUAGCAUUUGUGAUUAGAAGAAGUAAAUAGCUUGGUCAUUGCUAUUGAAAUGGUGAAAAUACAAGACUGGCUUUUCUAUCUGCUUUUGACAAGGUGAUGAAUUCACAAGGACCAAGUGUCAUGGAACUAUUGUCAUCUGAAUCAGACUCUUAUUUUUAUUAGAGGAGGGUGCACAGUUCUGAAGUUGAUGUUGAUGGUUAAAUAUUGUAAGUAUUUUUAAAUUGAUAUGAUAUUUAGCUGUAUGAACGUGAUCAUUAGU